GGUUGGCGUUGUAAAUUAAAUACGGAGUAAGAGGUAGCGCUAGCUAUAUAUGCAAUGUAAUACGGAGUAUUCGUUACCUACCUCUGAUCUGCACUAAUAACUACUUCGUAUAUUCUACGUACUACCGGCGAAGAUGAAUAUUGAUCGUAUGAUCUCUGCCAUGGAAAAAGAUAGGAGAAAUGCCCGUAUAGUGGGCUGGUUUAUGAAGUGUAUUUUAUGCAUGAUUCUUGCAACCUUCUGCGUCGGUUUCAUAUAUGUCUAUACGCACCCCCAUCCUAAAGCUCCGGCCUACUCCGUAGUGGACGUGCCCUUAGCAACCACUAAUGGCAGCAGCCGUUUCACCAUCGGCGGUAACGUGACCUUCAUCCUCAACACCCGCAACCGAAACAAAAGAAAAUACACCAAUGACUACGGCACCUCCCAAGCAUCACUCUACUUUGGCGCCGCCGCGCAGGAGCUGGUUGCAAACGCCACAUUUGCGGCGUUUUUGCAGCCUCCCGGUGCCGCGAAUAACCUCACCCUCACCUUUCUUGCACCGGACAUGGCCCGUGGCGACGGCGGCUCCACCGUUGUCUUAAAGAUCACAGCUUCUCUUCGGUAUGAUGGUUACGAAACCAAUGAUGGGCAGCUUCAGGUGACUUGCAGCUUGCCCUACGACUCUUCCCAGGUGCAGGCUUUUCAUCUCCCCAACCAGUGUCACGUAGUGUACAAAUCUUGCUAUAUCACUAGGUAUGGAGGAGUCCAGAGGUGUGUUUGAGGAUGUGAGGGGAUUAGACAUAUAUACUUAUUCUAGAGGAGUACGUGUAUAAUAAUCGAUCAACGGUGGCCGGAUCGGAACUAUGAAGUUAUACACUAGCUUUCGGAUUUAUUUUAUGUUCUAAUUAUUCUUAUUGUUGAUUUAUUUUGCAUUUAAGGGCAGGGUCGUCUCGACCAAUUUUUGCACUUAUAUUUGGAAUGCUUACAUUUGUCAUAAUUUUAUAAUUCUAUAGGUUGUAUUAAUAAAGUUCUGGGCAACAUAAUAUGGAGUAUGUCACUAUGUCUUCUGUAG